UUCAACCAUGAAUUUAGAUAUGGAAUUUUUCCAGCCAAACGAUAUUUCUGUUCUCGUGACAAUCUUAAGUUUAUUUGUGGUCGUAUUCAGUCUUGUCUCUAUGUUCGUCAAAGAAAAAUUAUAUCUUUCUGAACCUCUCGUGUGUGUUGCUGUCGGCAUCGCACUUGGUCCAAUCGGUUUAAAUAUCGUUGCUCCCGACAAAUGGGGUGGCAAUAUCGAUGUAAUUACUAGAGAAUUUAUGCGAUUCGUUAUUGCAAUUCAGGUCAUGGCCUGCGGGGUCGCAUUACCAAAGGCGUAUCUCUGGACUCAACUUAAAUCAAUGCUGCUUCUCCUUAUUCCAGUAAUGAGCUGGAUGUGGAUAAUCAGCGCACUCUCUAUUUGGUGGUUGUUUCCAACCCUUUCAUUCGCAAAAUCUUUGAUGAUUGCUUCAUGUAUCGCGCCAACAGAUCCGGUAUUGGCGAAUUCUAUGCUCAAAGGAAGAUUUGCAAAAAAAUAUAUAUCAGUUGAUCUUCGUGAUCUUAUUUCUGGAGAAAGUGCUGCAAAUGAUGGUUUGGGAUUUCCGUUCUUGUAUAUCGCGAUUUACCUUGCAAAAAUGUCUCCCGGAGAAGCAUUCGGUAGAUGGUUCCUAUUCAUCGUCUGUUAUCAAGUUGUUUUAAGCAUUUUAAUUGGAUUUGUGAUUGGAUAUGUUGCACGCAAAUCGCUACGUUGGGCUAUGGAUAAAAAAUUGAUUGAUAAGGAAAUGUUUUUAACAUUUGCAGUUGUAUUGGCGUUGUUCAUAAUGGGAUCGGUUUCAAUUCUCGGAAGCGAUGAGUUGUUGGCCUGUUUUGUUGCAGGAAACUCUUUUACAUGGGACGAUUGGUUCCGAGAAGAAACACGAGAUAAUCAUUUUCAAGAAAUUAUUGAUGUGCUUUUGAAUUUAUCUGUUUUUAUCUAUAUUGGCGCGAUUAUGCCAUGGUCAUCAUUUAGCAAUAGCGAAUUAGGAUUAUCGUACUGGCGGUUGUUUGUCGUUUCAAUUCUUAUACUUUUAUUUCGACGUCUUCCCAUUGUAUUAAUGUUAAUGAAGAAUAUUCCUCCUUUGAAAAAUUUCCGAGAAGGUCUGUAUGCUGGCUGGUUUGGACCAAUCGGAAUAGGUGCCAUAUUUUACGCAGCAACUGCCAAAGAAGACGGUACUGAAAAUGUCCAGAAAAUUGUCAAUCCAGUUGUUUUUUUCAUAGUUCUUUCUUCAGUCUUUUGUCAUGGGAUUUCCGUCCCGGUAAUUAAAAUUGGAAAACGAGUAAACAAUUUGUCAAGGACAGCCACUACUCAAUCAAACCUCGUGGCCACUACCAUAGUCAUACAGGAUAAGAAAAAAAGAGAUCAAGGUCAAACCAAUGUAGUGCCAGACGAUAUAAUUAUUAAAAGCGAAAAUAAUAGCGUAGAUGAAAUUAAUAUGUCUAAAGGAAUAACAAAGGGUAAAACUAAUGGGAUAACUGACAAUAUGUCUGAUAAAAAUGAAAUUGAUAACGUAGAUGAAAUUAUUAUAGUUAGUGAAUUGACCAAGAACAAAGAUGAUGACAUUGAUGAUACUAAAGAAACUGGCGAUAAUAAUUCCAUUGAUUCGGGACGAGAACGAUCCUUAUCAGUCGAAGCUAAUGCAGGUCUGGAAUCGGAAAGCAUGUAUGAAGAACGUGAGAAUGUUGUUAUUGAAGAAGAUGGAAGUCGCCAUGUUUAUGUUACUCCAAACCCACCAUGA